AGCCAUUCGAACUUCCGGUGCCUGGGGCGCAGCAAGAGGCAAGCACACCGCUCGAGGUUGCAUUGGCAGAGGCUGCAGGGAGCAGGCACUGGUCAGCGCAGCCAUGGUGAAGAUCAGUUUCCAGCCCGCAGUGGCGGGCGUCAAGGCUGAUAAAGCCGACAAGGCAGCGGCGUCUGGUCCGGCCUCGGCAUCUGCCCCGGCCGCGGAGAUCCUGCUGACGCCGGCGAGGGAGGACCGUCCCCCUCGCCACCGCUCCAGAAAAGGGGGCUCCGUGGGCGGCGUGUGCUACCUGUCUAUGGGCAUGGUUGUGCUGCUCAUGGGCCUUGUGUUUGCCUCCGUCUACAUCUACAGAUACUUCUUCCUUGCUCAGCUGGCCCGAGAUAACUUCUUCCACUGUGGCGUGCUCUAUGAAGACACCCUGUCCUCCCAGAUCCGGACUCGGAUGGAGCUAGAGGAAGAUGUGAAGAUCUAUCUUGAAGAGAACUAUGAACGUAUCAAUGUCCCCGUCCCCCAGUUUGGCAGUGGGGACCCUGCAGACAUCAUCCAUGACUUCCAGCGGGGUCUCACUGCUUACCACGACAUCUCCCUGGACAAGUGCUAUGUCAUUGAACUCAACACCACCAUCGUGCUACCCCCACGGAACUUCUGGGAGCUCCUCAUGAACGUGAAGAGAGGGACCUACCUCCCACAGACCUACAUCAUCCAGGAGGAGAUGGUAGUGACAGAGCAUGUCAGCGACAAGGAGGCUCUGGGCUCUUUCAUCUACCACCUGUGCAGCGGAAAGGACACCUACCGCCUGAGGCGCCGGGCUACCCGGAGGCGGAUCAACAAGCGCGAGGCCAAGAAGUGCAACAGCAUCCGCCACUUGGAGAACACCUUUGUGGUGGAGACGCUCAUCUGUGGGGUGGUGUGAGGCCUUCCUUCCGGGCCCACCCCUGCCCUCUUCUCUCUCUUUCCGGCCACUCUCCGGCUCUCCUCCUCCCUUUCCUUAGCUUGUACCUUGGGCACUUUUCCAUAGAUGUGACACGUCUCACUUAUCCCUCCCAGCCCCGCCCUCCUCCCUGUACCAGGGCUGUGAU